CAAACACAAGAUUAUUAUGUUACAAUGGAGACCCUACUAAAAUGUUCAUAUGUGGAGGGAAAAUUGGAAUAAUUAGAAGACAAAUGGGAACAAAGUCAACGUAUGCUUGGAACAAAAAAAGGUUGGAAAAUCAUUUUCCCUCACACGAGUGAAAAUGCAAAGUACAAAUAGAAAACAUGAAGACACGAAGAUAAAAUCGUGCACAAUAACAAAAAUUGACCCAAAAAAUUAAGACAUGUUUGGAAAAUCAAGCAAAAAACAAAGCUUUGUGAGGGAGAGAAGAGAAGGAGGAGACUCGAAGAGAGAAGAGAAGAGUGUGUGAAUUAGAAAGAAAAAAUGAAAACCAAAAAUUGAAACAAAACCCAAAAAGAAGAAGAAAAAAAAUUAAAGCGAAAGUAAUAGCAGCGAAGAGUGCGAGCGAUCGAGGGAGCUAAGUCGAAGGCAGAGAACGAGCUCAGGCACAGAGAGGGAGAAAAAAGGAAAAGGGAGAACCCCGAGCUUCUGGGCUUUCUUCUCCAAAUCAAAAAAGCCGAAGGAAAUAGAAAAGGAGGGUACUCUGAAUGUCGCUCGAAAUAGGAAUUUUGAGGAGAGCAAUAAGAGGCGCGACGAAGGAAGGAAGGAAGAAUUGAAGCUGGCAAAGAGUGAGAAAGAUUCGAGGAAGCAUCAAACUCAGUGAGUUUCCUUCGGAUUUCUUAAUCCCCCUGUCGUCCCCAAAAAUUUCGUGAACUGGGUUCAGGUUAGAUAGCUCAAAUCAAUCUCCAAGCUUCGAGCUUUUUUUCCUUUUUUUACUCUCUCUCUCUCUCUCUCUCUCUCAGUUUACUUCCCCAACUCCUUCAUUGUGCUUUCUUCAAUUCGAUUUUUUUUAUUGGGUUUCUCCCUCCUUUUCAUCUUUUCAAUUCCUGCUCUGUUCCGAACUCAAUCCUCGUAACUCACUGAUCUCUGUUUCUGAACUUCAAUUUCCCCCCCAAUUCGAAGUUCGUUGCUUUUGAAUUUUGUACAUCAGUUUCCGAGUGUGUGGUUUCUAACGGAUGGGUUCUUAUGAUUUGGCGCUGCUUGCAGGUUUUCACUACAGCACGAGGUUGCCCCAAGUUACAAACUUAUUAGGGUUUUGAUUCAUUAUGCCUUUGGGAUAAUAUUUGGGUUGGUUUGCGGGCCUCCCGUAUCUGUGCUUUAAGUGGGUUUUGAUCUCUAGGGUUUUGGGGUCUCUGCAAAGAUGAGAUUUGAAUUUGCAUUGUGCUGCUUGCGGGUUGGUAAAUUUGGAGGGAUUUGGAAGCGGAGGUAACUGACAUCCAAUUUAGGAAUCUUCAUUUCUGGCAGUCCAGUAUAUGGUUUGUGAAUCUGGUUAUUCUGAGAUACAAGAAGAGGUUGUUGCUUCAUUUGCAUUGAAAUGAUAUGGUGAUGGCUGCUGAAUUCGAAGUUGCUUGGCUGCAACGACAACAGUAGCUUUGACAACGGUCAUCUGGGGGAAGUUUUAGGGGUUUUCCUUCUGUUGGAUGUUGUGUCAAACUGUCUCUUGAGAAAUGCAGCCUCAACAGAGCUCCAGAAUCGAUUUGGUCGAACUGAAGACUCAGAUUGUAAAGAAGAUUGGGGCAGAGAGGGCAAAAAAGUAUUUCUUUAACUUAAAUAGGUUUCUUAGUCAGAGGCUAAGUAAGAGUGAUUUCGACAAAUCUUGUUUUCGGUUGCUUGGUAGGGAGAAUCUCCCCCUACACAAUCAGCUAAUUCGGGGGAUUCUGAAGAAUGCUUGCCUGGCAAAGACCCCUCCACCACCAACUUAUGAUGUGGGCCCCACAAAAUCUGCAGCAAUUCAGACAGCAAAGAGUUCUCCUCCUGGCAGAGAGGAUGCUCAUGAACAGAGUGGGAGCCUUCUCCCAAAUCAGAGUCAAAACGUUUCCAUUUGGUCAAAUGGAGUUUUGCCUGUAUCGCCUCGGAAAAGUAGGUCAGGUACUACACAUAGGAAGUUUAGAGAUAGGCCUAGCCCACUUGGGCCAAAUGGAAAAGUUGAGUGUCUCCCACAACAAUCACUCGGAGUAGAAGAUGGUGGAAGUAACAAGAUUGUUAUGGAGAAUGGGGAUUUCAGUCCAUGUGAUUACCAGAGACCUCUGCACCACCUUCAAGUAGUGGCCGAGCAACCCGGGAAUGAAAGGGAAGCCUUGAUUCAACGAUCCACUGAGAAACCAAUGACGCAUAGCAAAGUCAGGAGGACCACAUUAGUUGACGAGGGUGAAGAGGUCGAGCAAGCAAACUACUUGACCUUCUCUAGAAAUCAUGUCCAUGCACCUCUUGGACUUCCAUUUUGCCUGGCUAGUAGCGUUUCUGGUGGUGCUCGCAAAGCUCCAGUAUUGACAUGUUCUGAUGAUGAAUUUGGUAUGUGUUACAACAGCGGUGUCUUGUCUGAUACAGAGAUGCUGAGAAAACGCAUGGAGCAGAUUGCAGUCUCACAGGGCCUUGGAGGGGUUUCAAUGGAAUGUGCAAAUAUGUUGAAUAACAUGUUAGAUGUGUACUUGAAGAGGUUGAUCAAGUCCUGUGUUGAAUUGGUUGGAGCAAGGGCUCCUCAGGACCAGAGAAAGCAGCAGGCUGGCCUCAAGCAGCAGUUUCUUCCAGGGAAAGUUAUCAAUGGAGUAUGGCCUAGUAGUAAUCACUUGCACAUGCAGAAUGGCAGUGGAUCCCUAGAAGUAAUGCAAGAACAACAAAGGCCACGAUGUUCGAUAUCUUUGCUUGAUUUCAAAGUCGCCAUGGAGUUAAAUCCGCAGCAACUAGGUGAAGAUUGGCCUUUGCUGCUGGAGAGAAUCUGCAUGCAGUCGUAUGAGGAUUGAAGAAUUAAUCUUAAGAAGGAUCUCUUUACAUCAGAGUUGUUUAUUGAUCUGCUUGCCCGGUUCAAAGCCUUGGCCACUGUUUUGGAACGCUAUUGACAUACACAGUUCUCUUCUUUUUGCCUGCUUGAACCCAACGGCUAUCACACAGAUGAGGCUCAGUCCUUCAAAAAAUUGAGCUUCUGGCUUUGACCCAAAUCGAUGUACUCUCUCCGGCUGCAGAUCUUGCACUGAUCGGGAUAUCAUUUCAUGGUGACCAAGCUAGGGAAACUUCCAAAGUUGAAUGCCCAAUGGUUGGUUGCCUUUGUUGUAUGAUAAGCAUGGGUGUUGGCUGUCUCUUGCCAUUGCAGAUCUCAAAGCUCUUUUGUAUAAUUUACAGCCAACCGUGAGAAAUCUAAGACAGUUUUGCAGGAUACUCGUGUGUAGUUUGGUGAAAAGGUAAAAUCACUGGUGUAACAGCCCUUAGUGUUGCUCUUAUGUAUUUUUAAAGUCUCAGAAUUGAUUUGUUUUCGAUAUGAAUAACACAUCGAUAUCCAUUGACCUCUUGACUUUUACUUGGAAUUGAGCUUGAUGAUUCUUGAAGGUGGUUUAUCUGCCAAAGUAUAACUGACUUUUGAUGUCCUGGAUAUCACUAACUAAACUGCUAAUUACCUACUUGGUUCCUUCGCCCUUAGGCGACUACUUUAGCUUUUGCCCCAUAAUGACCCUCCUAAGAGAAGUCAUUGGUAUCUCUUAUUUACAUGUGAUGUAGUGCCCAUAUCUAGUUCAAGUAGGAAACUUCCUUCACUUACGCUUGUUGAUGAUAUGGUACUAUAUAUAAUAAGGAAACUCAGAGGGUGUAAUAAAUUGUAGGAAUGCUAAUUAUCUGCUUAGAAUUCAAAUGGAAAAGAACACUCUUCAUAUAUUUGAGCGUAAGCAAGUAUUUCAAAUUCUCUUUAGUUGUUGAUUAGCUGACUCCAUCAGAACUUCAUACUCUAUAUACAAGAUACAUUCAAACUGGAUAUUACCUAACCGAUUUCAGUGUCCGUACAUAUCUGAGGUCCAGGCAAACUCAAAUACGAGUGAAGUCAAUGCCAUUUGAUUUACAUUGAUGUCGUAAUUCUAGAAAUCAUCACAGAAAGAUAAUUAAUUUGCCCCAAACAAGUGUCGCCUUUUGACCAAUCUGUUAUCUUAAGAUGCAGUACCACAUGCUUGCUAUAAAUUCAAGCAUCAGUAGAAGGUGAAGACCCAGAAUGAGGAUGCUAAGUUCUUUAUGCAGUCGAGAUCAGAAUAAUGCUUCUUCGUUGGAAGAUUUAUACGGAGUUUGUGACUAUCUGGUACUUGAAAAAUGCUUCACAGGUACUCUAUCUAGAAGUAUCUUGGUGAAGUCUUUGUAUCAUAGUGGUAGAAGUAAUUUUUUAGUAGGACCAGACCAUUCUUUUUCUUCUUUGUUGUGCUUGUUCAAGUAUGUCUUUUAUAUUUGUCGAUGUUUGAAAAUACCUCGUGUAUACUUAGUGACCGAAUGUUCAGAGUUGCAGUGAUGUCAAAGAUUUUUAUGCAACUGCUUAUCCUUGAAUGUAUCUGAAGAAAGUAAGAAACUGAUUCAAUAACUUGUUUGGACUUGCUCAAAACAAUAUUCUCUGCUGAUAUGCGGGUGUUGUUCAUCAAUCAAUACUAUUAUUUGUUCAAAACUCACUUCAUUUGGGUACACACUUGUGAUAUACUUUUCUUCCUUGGAGAUGCUCAAAAGGUGGAACAGGCAUACCACCUCUUGACUUGAUGCCUCAGCAUUCUCCCUUCCCUUGAUGUUUGAUAAGGUGCAAAUUCGUGGGCAUUGUUUACAGAUAAACUGUUUUGGAACAA